AUGAGUUCAAUUACGAAGGUUGCUAUCGUAACGGGAGCAGGUUCUGGCAUUGGUAGGCAAACGUCGAUUGCUCUGUCGCAGGAGGGCUAUUCCGUUGCCUUGGCUGGCCGUCGUGUAGAGGCUUUGGAGACAACCGCUAAGGAGACGGGAGCGGAUAGCUCACGAGUCCUAGUUGUACCGACAGAUGUGACAGAUCACGCCUCCAUCCAAAACUUAUUUGCCCAAACGAAGGAGACCUUUGGCAGGCUUGACCUACUGUUUAAUAAUGCUGGCACCGGCACACCACCUGUGCCGAUGGAGGAUUUGACCUACGAACAAUGGAAAAUGGUCGCAGAUACCAACCUGACCGGCGCAUUCCUCUGCACACAGGAAGCGUUCAAGAUUAUGAAGGACCAAGAUCCCAGAGGGGGACGCAUCAUCAAUAACGGUUCCAUAUCAGCACACGUACCGCGCGUCAACUCCGCGCCCUAUACCUCCACCAAGCAUGGAUUGACGGGACUCACCAAGGCAACCUCCCUUGAUGGACGUAAGUACGAUAUCGCGUGCGGUCAAAUCGACAUUGGUAACGCAGCGACUGAGAGAACGGACAGAAUGGAAGUGGGUGUCCCACAAGCAGAUGGAAGUGUUGCGGUUGAGCCGAGAAUGGGCGUGGAUGAUGUGGCGCGUGCCGUGGUGCACAUGGCAAGUCUCCCAUUGGAUGCAAAUGUACUAUUCAUGACUAUUAUGGCAACGAAGAUGCCUUACGUUGGGCGCGGAUAA